GGGUUACCUGCACAGUAGCUAUGGGCUGGGCUUUAACCAGAUAACACAGCCGUCGGUUCUCAUCAGAGAGAGACAAGAUCAUUUAGAAAGGAAAGAUAAUCUCUCCCUUGAGUCACAACGAGACAGAAACAGAAAAGCACGAAAGCUACACUGCUUCUGCAAAAUUGAAAAAGUUUGUAACGUCUGAGCAAUUUUGAGAGGAUUGAUUUAAGUGGACAGGAUGACUUUCUGGAUGAUCUCUCUGAUGAGGAUGAAAAUACUACUUCUGGCAGUGCCUUCCCUGAGUUUCCACGUUGAACCUGAAGAAGGUAGUCUUGCAGGGGGAACGUGGAUCACAGUCAUUUUUGAUGGUUGGGAGUCGGAGCUCCCUUAUCUCACCAAUGGCUCUCAGCUGGAGAUAUACCUGGUGAAUGUGGCUGUGCCUGUCCUGCCGAGCAUCCCUUGUGACGUCUCUCCCGUCUUCUUGGAUUUGCCGGUGGUCAUGUGCAGGACCAGAUCUCUGCUGUCUGAAGCACACGAGGGUCUGUAUUACCUGGAAGUGCACUCUGGGGGACAGGUGGUGGGCAGCCCGAGUCCUGGAUCACGAAACAACUGUACGUUCAAGUUUUCCAGGGGGCAGACACCCAUUGUUUACCAAGUUACACCACCAAGUGGAGCUCCAGGAAAACUAAUACAUGUGUAUGGCUGGAUUAUCACUGGAAGAUCAGAAACCUUUGAUUUUGAUGCUGAGUACAUUGAUAGCCCAUUGAUCUUGGAAGCUCAAGGAGACAAAUGGGUCACAGCCUGCUCUCUUGUAAACAGGCAGACAGGAAGCCGUUACCCUCUUUGGGAAGACCAUGGUCUUGGAACUCUGCAGUGCCGUGUGGAAGGCAACUACAUCGGCUCCCAGAAUGUUAGUUUCUCAGUAUUUAACAAAGGAAAGUCCAUGGUACACAAGAAUGCAUGGCUGGUCAGUGCUAAACUGGACCUUUUCCUGUACCAGACAUACUCAGAAAUACUAUCAGUGUUUCCAGAAACUGGGAGCCUUGGGGGAAGAACAGACAUCACAAUUACAGGAAACUUCUUCGACAAUCCUGCCCAGGUUACCAUAGCAGGUAUUCCAUGUGAUAUUAGACACGUGUCUCCCAGGAAGAUUGAGUGCACCACCAGGGCUCCAGGAAAAGGUGCAACGCUCACUGCCCCUCAGGCAGGCAACCGGGGGCUUCUGUUUGAAGUCGGAGAUGCUGUCGAGGGCUUGGAUCUAACUGAAGCCACCCCUGGGUACCAGUGGCAGAUUGUCCCGAAUGCCAGUUCGCCGUUUGGCUUUUGGUCAAAAGAAGGACAGCUCUUUAGAGCACGGCUCAGUGGGUUCUUUGUGGCUCCAGAGACAAAUAAUUACACUUUCUGGAUCCAGGCUGACAACGAAGCCUCCCUGUACUUCAGUCAGUCAGAGGACCCAAAGACCAAGGUGAAAGUGGCCUCCAUCAAGGUAGGCACUGCUGACUGGUUUGACGCCUGGGAGCAGAAUGGGCAGGAAGGGACCUGGCAACGGAAGACUCCCAAGCUGGAGCUGGUUGGUGGCACCAGGUACUACAUGGAAGCAGAGCAUUGUGGGAAAGCCCCCAGCAGGGGGAUGAGAAUUGGCGUCCAGAUCCACAAUACCUGGCUGAAUCCUGAUGUGGUCAGCACUUACCUCCAGGAGAAGCAUCAAAUCCGAAUCCAUGCCCAGAGACUUCCAGAAAUCCAGAUGCUGACUGUGUCUGGCAGAGGGAGCUUCUUCCUUACUUGGGACAAUGUCACCAGUCAGCCAAUCCCUGCAAAUGCCACAGCCCAUCAGAUUCAAACAGCCAUUGAGGAGUUACUUGCCGUCAAAUGCAAACUGGAACCGCUUUCGGCUAGCAUCCUCCUCUGGCUCGGGUUUGAACCAGGCCCAGAAGGUUCCAGCUUUGAGGGGGACCUCACCAGUGGGACAGAGCCCUUCUGUGGGAGGUUCAGCCUCCACCAGCCCCGACACCUUGUCCUAACACCCCCGGCUUCCCAGAAGGGCUACCGGCUAGAUCGGUACACGCACUUGUGCCUUGCAUACAAAGGCCACACGAAUAACAUCCUGAAGGUGACUGUGUAUUUCACAACUGACUCUCAAAACUUCAUUAAGAAGAACAUCACCUGUGACUGGAGUCUUGUGGGGACCAGUCCCAAUAGCUGGUGGUUCACUUGCACUGACCUCUGGGAGACUUGUGUGCAUCGCUCUGUGAAUCUCCAGCCGCCUCUGGCAAACUCCCCUGUGCUGGUUCAUCGGAUUGACCUCUUCCCUCUGUCUCAGGAGACGGGUGGGUUCUAUGUGGAUGAAAUUAUUAUUGCGGACACAAACAUAACAGUUUCUCAAGCAGAUUCAAAAAUAGCUCGCCCAGGUGGGAAUCUGGUGGAGUCGCUCUGUGUAGUGGGAGUGGGAUCCCCUCCAGUCUACAAUGUAAGCUUCUGGAUGGUGGGGUGCGGCCAGGAGCUCCCACUCAUCACCGCAAGCUCUGUGCCCACUGGAGGAGGAGAAGAAGGAUCCAGAUCGGUCCAGGUGACAACACGGAGGAUCCAGAAGACAAGUCCACCUUUAGGAGGAUACUUUCGCAUCCAGCUUCCUACCACAGUGAUUCCUGAUGUCCCCGUGCAUAUAUCCACUAGUCACCUUCGCAAGCUCUUACAGAACAAUGCUGAUAGCCUUACAUCCAGGUACCUCAACGUCACUGACCUCAUUGUAACGGAGGAGCUGAAGUCUUGCUAUGAGCAUGUGUGGACCCUCUCCUGGUCCACCCAAGUUGGAGAUUUGCCCAAUUUCAUGAGGGUCUCUGAUGCAAAUCUAACUGGAGUGAACCCUGCUGCAACCAUGCGGGUGGUGUACGAUGGUGGAGUUUUUCUUGGACCCAUAUUUGGAGACAUGUUGGUUACUGCCAACCAGCACACUCAGGUGGUUGUGCGAGUGAAUGAUAUACCAGCCCAUUGCUCAGGUUCCUGUUCUUUCCAGUACCUUGAAGGGUCCACUCCCCAGGUCCACUCUGUGUGGUAUUCCCUUGGUAUGAUUUAUGGUGACACCAGCCUACUGGUUUAUAUUUUUGGAACUAGUUUCUCUGGUGACCCCCAGGCCCUGGAGGUUACGGUGAACAACACGAUUUGCAAAGUUCUUUUCUCAAACCAAACGAACGUGGUCUGUCAGACAGACCUGCUACCUGUUGGAAUGCACCGGCUCUCCAUGGUGGUGAGGCCUUCUGGUCAUGCCGUCAACACCAGUGGAGAAGCCCUCUUCCUAAGCGUGGAGCCCAGGCUAGAUGCUGUGGAGCCUUCCAGAGCUGCAGAGAUUGGAGGGCUCUGGGCCACCAUCCAAGGCUCUGGUUUGGAAGAUGUGAGCCUGGUAUUAUUUGGAUCUCGGUCUUGUGCCAUCAACAUCACCACACGAAGUUCACGAAGAAUUCAAUGCAAAGUUCCACCCAGAGGGAAAGAUGGACCCAUUGUGAAUUUGACUGUGGUUACAGGGAACCAUUCUGCAGUUCUUCCUAUGGCAUUUACAUAUGUCUCCUCUUUAAAUCCAGUGAUCAUGUCUCUGAGCAGAAACAGGAGCAACAUAGCAGGAGGUGAGACCCUUUUCAUCAGAAUGGCACUUCUGGUGAACUACACCGAUUUGGAUGUGGAAGUUCACGUUCAGGACACUGUGGCUCCAGCUCACGUGCAAAUGCCUCAGGGCCUAGAGGUGGUGCUGCCCCCGCUGCCCGCCGGCCUCCAUCGGCUCUUAGUCUCCAUCAAUGGGGUCAGCAUCCGCUCACGAAGGGUUGAUCUUCACAUCCAGUACAUCACAGAAGUUUUCAGCAUUGAACCUUGCUGUGGGUCCCUUCUGGGUGGAACCAUCCUCAGCAUCUCGGGAGUAGGAUUCAGCAGGGACUGCACUCUGGUUUGGGUGCUUGUGGAUAAUCGGACCUGUGACAUCGUGAACUCAACAGACACGAUCAUCUGGUGUGAGACCCCGCCCGCUGCCCUGCUGCCUGACAUGGCUGUUCCUGCUGUCCCAGCCCCCGUGGAGGUCUGGGCUGGCAAUGUAUCCUCUGCCCGAGGACCCUUACCCAGCCUGGUGGGGAAGGGCUUUACCUUCAUGUAUGAAGCGGCAACAACACCAGUGGUCACUGCUGUGCGAGGAGAAAUGACCAGUAGCAGCCUGAAACUCUCUGUGGAAGGAAGUAAUCUCCCCAACUCAGUGAUCCUUCUGGGGGUCUUAAACUGUGAUCUGGAGGCACAGUCAUUAAGGAACAACAUGAGCCUGUCUGGGUGCUCUUUUCCUCUUCACAGUUUGGAGGCGGGCAUCUAUCCUCUCCAAGUUCGUCAAAAGCAGAUGGGGUUUGCUAACAUGUCGGCAGUGCCCCAACAAUUUGUGAUAACACCCCAGAUAAUGGCCAUCUUGCCGACCCAUGGGUCUGCUUGUGGCGGGACUGUACUCACAGUGAGGGGGCUGGCUCUCAACUCUAGGAAGAGGUCAGUUCGGGUGGACCUUUCAGGUCCAUUUACUUGUGUGAUUUUGAGCUUGGGGGACCAGACAGUCCUCUGUCAAAUGAACAGAGUGGGUGACCACUUGCCUGAUGCUUCCUUCACCCUGAACAUCACAGUCCUGGUCAAUGGGCUACCCGCUGAGUGUCAGGGCAAUUGCACUCUUUUCUUGCAGGAAGAGACAACUCCCAUGGUGGACUCCUUGACCACUAACAUCAGUGGGUCUCUGACCAUGGUGCUGAUUAGGGGUCGGAAGUUAGACAUCACAGCAGAAGAGCCAAUGGUGUUUGUGGAUAAUCACCUUCCCUGUGUUGUAACUUUCUUGAAUGCAAGCCAUGUGGCAUGCUGGAUAAGUGACUUGACCCCAGGACUCCACUAUGUAUCUGUUUUUCAUACAAGAAUUGGAUAUGCUUGUUUUGGCAAUGUUUCCAGACACUUCUACAUUUUGCCUCAAGUGUCUCAUUAUUUCCCCAAGAAUUUCAGCAUCCAUGGCGGAAGCCUCUUGACCAUGGAGGGCGCAGCUCUGCGAGGAGAGAACAGCACAUUAGUUUUCAUUGACCAGCAGGCCUGCCUGACAGUGAGCAUCAGCUCCGAGCUCAUCCAGUGCGUUGUUCCUGCAGGAAAUGGCUCUGCGGGCCUGGUCAUUGAGGUAGAUGGACUUUCAUACCAGAUGGGAGUCAUUGGUUACAGCAGUGCCUUCACCCCACAGUUACUCUCUAUUUCUCAGACUGACGAUGUCUUAACCUUUGUGGUGGCCCGGGUCUCAGGAGCUGAGAACGUUGACAUUUUUCUUGGGAUGUCACCCUGUGCAGGUGUCUCUGGCAACCACACGGUUCUCCAGUGUGUGGUCAGAUCCCUUCCUGCUGGGGAGUACCCAGUCAGAGGGUACGACCGCAUGAGGGGCUGGGCCUCAUCCGUCCUGGUCUUCACAUCCACGGUCACUAUUUCGGCAGUGACUGAGAACUUUGGCUGCCUGGGUGGAAGGCUUGUGCAUGUUUUUGGAGCAGGAUUUUCUCCAGGGAACAUCUCAGCUGCUGUGUGUGGUGCUCCCUGCCAGGUCUUGGCUAAUGCUACAGUGUCAGCCUUCAGCUGCUUGGUCCUGCCCCUGGAUGUGUCCUUGGCUUUCCUGUGUGGCCUGAAGCAUGCGGAGGAGAGCUGUGAAGCCUCUAGCUGCACGUACGUGCAGUGUGAUUUGACUGUCACUGUGGGGACAGAGACACUGCCCCAAUCAUGGCCUUACCUCUACAUUUGUGAAGAAAGUCCCCAGUGCCUCUUUGCACCAGAUCAUUGGACAGAGUCAACGUCCCCAUGGUUCUUAGGCCUUUUCAUCAGCCCUAAAGUGGAAAGAGAUGAAGUUCUCAUCUAUAAUAGCUCCUGUAACAUUGCCAUGGAAACUGAGGCAAAGAUGGAGUGUGAGACGCCUAAUCAGCCAAUUACCGCCAAGAUUACUGAGAUACGGAAGAGCCGGGGCCAGAACACUCAGGGCAACUUUUCCUUUCAGUUCUGCUGGAGGUGGUCGAGGGCUCACAGCUGGUUUCCUGAGAGAGUGCCAGAAGAUGGCGACAACGUCACGGUAGAGAAUGGUCAGUCGCUGCUGCUUGAUACCAACACGAGCAUCCUCAACUUACUGCACAUUAAAGGAGGCAAGCUGAUUUUCAUGGAUCCAGGACCCAUUGAGCUUAGGGCACACUCCAUCCUCAUUACUGAUGGUGGAGAGCUCCGGAUUGGAUCCGAGGACAAGCCCUUCCAAGGCAAAGCUGAGAUCAAACUCUAUGGGAGUUCCCACUCUACUCCCUUCUUUCCAUAUGGUGUCAAGUUCCUGGCUGUGAGGAAUGGAACUCUUUCCCUGCAUGGUUUGCUCCCAGAAGUAACUGUCACCCAUCUUCGAGCAGCUACCUCAGCCCAGGACACAGUGUUGGCUCUGGAGGAUGCCGUGGACUGGCGCCCUGGGGAUGAAGUUGUCAUCAUUGGUGGAAUAGGUGUUGAAGGUGUCAAACCCACGGAAGAGCUUGUCACUGUGGAAGCUGUGCACAAUACAGACCUCCAUCUGAGGUCACCCUUGAGAUAUUCUCACAACUUCACAGAGAAUUGGGUGGCUGGAGAACGCCAUGUUUUAAAAGUCAUGGUAGUGCUGCUCAGCAGGAGUGUCACCAUACAAGGAAAUCUCACUGCUGAGAGGAUGAAGCACCUUGCUUCAUGCCAGGAGGCCUGUGCUUCAGAAGGGAAUUUGCAGGACUGUUUAUAUUCCAAGAGUGAGAAGAUGUUGGGAUCCAGGGAUCUGGGGGCCAGAGUCAUUGUUCAGUCUUUCCCAGAGGAGCCCAGCCAGGUCCAGUUGAAGGGAGUGCAGUUUCGGGUGUUGGGGCAAGCCUUCCGUGAGCAUCUGAGCUCCCUGACUCUGGUGGGAGCUAUGAGAGAUUCCUAUGUACAGGGUUGCACAGUGUGGAGCUCCUUCAGUAGAGGCCUCAGCAUGUCAAGGACCUUGGGCCUGAAGGUGGACAGUAAUGUAUUCUACAAUAUUUUAGGCCAUGCACUGCUGGUAGGUACAGACAUGAACAUAAAAUAUAUCUCUUGGGAGGCGACUCCUGAAAAAAAAAUUGACUGGUCAGAACAGGGAAAUAUAAUAAGAAACAAUGUGAUCAUCAGUGUUUCUGGCACCGAGGGACUCUCCAGUCCUGAAAUGUUGACACCAUCUGGUAUCUAUAUCUGCAAUCCCACCAACGUUGUAGAGGGAAACAGGGUGUAUGUUGCUGGUUUGGGCUACUUUUUUCAUCUUGUGACCAGCCAAACAUCACAAGCUCCACUUCUCUCCUUCACUCAGAAUAUUGCACAUUCUUGUACAAGGUCUGGUCUCUUUAUAUACCCUCAGUUUCGGCCACCUUGGGAUAAUGGCAGGGGCCCCACCCUGUUCCAAAACUUCACAGUUUGGGGAAGUGCAGGUGGUGCCCAGAUUUUUAAAAGUAGCAAUCUUCACCUGAAAAACUUCCAAGUUUAUUCAUGCAGAGAUUUUGGAAUUGACAUCUUGGAAAGCGAUGCAAAUACUUCAGUUACUGACAGUUUAUUACUUGGCCAUUUUGCCCACAAGGGAAGCCUGUGUAUGUCAGCUGGGAUCAAAACUCCCAAAAGAUGGGAACUGAUAAUCUCUAACACAACCUUUGUUAAUUUUGAUCUCACUGACUGCGUGUCCAUCAGGACCUGUGUGGGCUGUUCCCGAGGACAGGGUGGAUUUACUGUGAAGACCAACCAGCUAAAGUUUAUAAACUCUCCAAACUUAGUAGCAUUUCCAUUUCCUCAUGCAGCAAUUUUGGAAGACUUGGAUGGGUCUCUAUCUGGGAGAAAUAGAAGUCAUAUUCUUCCUUCUAUGGAAACUCUUCCAGCGUCUUGUUUGGUCAAUGCAAGCUUCAGUCAGAUUGUUCAUGGCAGUGUCUGUGGGGAAGAUGUUCUCUUUCACCGAAUGUCUAUUGGUUUAGCUAAUGCUCCAGAUGUUUCUUAUGAUUUAACCAUGACUGACAGCAGAAAUAAGACAACCACGGUCACUUAUGUACAUGAUACAUUGUCUAACCUUUAUGGCUGGAUGGCUCUGCUCUUGGAUCAAGAGACUUACUCACUGCAGUUUGACACCUCUUGGAUCAACAGAUCUCUGCAGUACUCAGCAACAUUUGGCAGCUUUGCUCCUGGGAACUACCUCCUGUUGGUGCACAAGGUCCUGUGGCCUCACCCUGACAUCCUCGUAAGGUGUGGGAGUCAGGUGGGGCGGUCCCUUCUGUCUCUGCCGUCACCUGGUCAGGACCAAGGUUGUGACUGGUUCUUCAAUACCCAGUUGAGGCAACUCACCUAUCUGGUUUCAGGUGAAGGCCACGUUCAAGUGACUCUCCAGGUGAAGGAAGGUGUGCCCCCAACUAUUUCGGCUUCUACCUCUGUACCUGAGUCAGCUUUAAAAUGGUCCCUUCCUGAAGCAUGGACAGGCAUUGAAGAGGGCUGGGGAGGACACAACCAUACCAUUCCAGGUCCUGGGGAUGACGUCCUGAUUUUACCCAAUAGGACAGUCCUUGUGGAUACAAAUCUUCCAUUCCUCAAAGGCCUUUAUGUGAUGGGGACUUUAGAAUUCCCUGUGGACAGAAGCAACCUUCUGAGUGUGGCGUGCAUGGUCAUUGCAGGCGGGGAGCUGAAAGUUGGUACUUUGGAAAAUCCCUUAGAAAAAGAACAAAAGCUUCUGAUUCUCCUUAGAGCCUCAGAGGGAGUUUUCUGUGACCGUUUCAAUGGAAUUCGUAUUGAUCCAGGAACAAUUGGGGUAUAUGGGAAAGUCCAGCUUCAUGGUGCUUGUCCUAAGAAAUCCUGGACCCGUCUUGCAGCUGACAUCGCCUCGGGCAAUGAGAGAAUUAUAGUAGAGGACACAGUAGAUUGGCGGCCCCAUGACAAAAUCGUCCUCAGCUCCUCUUCUUAUGAGCCUCAUGAAGCAGAGGUCCUCACUGUGAAAGAAGUCCAGGCUCACCAUGUUAAGAUCCAUGAACGGCUCAAACACCGGCAUGUUGGAAGCGUCCAUGUCAUGGAGGAUGGCCGAUACAUUCGUUUGGCUGCAGAGGUUGGACUUUUGACCCGAAAUAUACAAAUCCAGCCUGAUAUAUCAUGCAAGGCGAGACUACUUGUGGGGUCCUUCAGAAUAUCCAGCAGUGAGGAAUUUUCAGGUGUCCUUCAAUUUUCAAAUGUGGAAAUUCAGAACUUUGGGUCGCCAUUGUAUUCAGCCAUUGAACUCACUAAUGCAUCGGCAGGAUCCUGGAUAAUAUCGUCCACUCUGCACCAGAGCUGCAGUGGGGGCAUUCGUGUGGCUGCCAGUCACGGGAUCAUUUUAAAGGACAAUCUAGUGUUUGGCACAGUUGGCCAUGGCAUCGACUUGGAGGGUCAGAACUUUUCUCUCUCUAAUAACCUUGUGGUUCUGAUGACACAGUCAGCAUGGUCCACCGUGUGGGUGGCAGGAAUCAAAGUGAACCAGGCAAGGGACAUCAGCCUCUAUGGCAAUGUUGUGGCAGGAUCGGAGCGACUUGGCUUUCACAUCCGAGGCCACAGGUGUUCCUCUCCUGAAGCUCGCUGGUCUGACAAUGUGGCCCACUCAAGCCUUCAUGGCCUUCAUCUCUACAAGGAAAAUGGGCUUGACAACUGUACUGGUAUCUCUGGCUUCUUGGCUUUCAAGAACUUUGACUAUGGUGCCAUGCUGCAUGCGGAGAACAGUGUGGAGCUAGAGGACAUCACUCUGGUGGAUAAUACUAUUGGUCUCUUGGCAGCGGUAUAUGUGUCUUCUGCUUCACAGGGCCACAUUGAAAAUGUACAGGUUGUACUUAGGAAUUCAGUCAUUGUGGCCACGAGCUCCUCUUUUGACUGCAUUCAGGACAGAGUUAAGCCUCGCUCUGCCAACGUGACAUCAACAGAUCGAGCUCCUUCCAAUCCAAGAGGGGGUCGAGUUGGUAUUUUGUGGCCUGUAUUCACCUCAGAACCAAAUCGGUGGCCUCAGGAGCCAUGGCACAGAGUGAGGAAUGGCCAUUUAAUUUCAGGAAUGAUGAAACUUCAAGAUGUCACCUUUUCUAGUUUUGUGAAGAGUUGCUAUAGUGAUGACCUAGAUGUCUGCAUCCUGCCAGAUGUGGAGAGCACUGGGAUCAUGCAUCCAAUAACAGCAGAGAGGACCAGGAUGCUAGAGAUCAAAGAUAAAAACAAGUUCUAUUUUCCUCCUUCACAAGCUAGGAAAGGUUUAGGAAUGCUGGUCUGCCCUGAAUCAGAUUGUGAAGAUCCAAGAAAAUACCUCUUUAAGGAUCUGGAUGGGAGAGCACUGGGUCUGCCACCACCAGUGUCUGUAUUUCCUAAAACGGAGGCAGAAUGGACUGGAUCCUUCUUCAACACAGGUACAUUUAGGGAAGAACAGAAAUGCAUAUACCGAGCCCUGAUACAAGGCUACAUCUGCAAACAGACUGACCAAGCAAUCUUAAUUCUUGACAAUGCUGAUGCCGCUUGGGCAAUGAGGAAGUUAUAUCCAGUUGUAUCUGUUACUCGUGGUUUUGUUGACACGUUUAGUAGUGUAAAUGCCAACACUCCCUGUUCUACUUCAACGCCUAUAUCUACUUUCUAUUCCAUUUUACCCACCAGAGAAAUCACCAAGAUCUGCUUUGUGGAUCAGCCUCCGCAAGUGUUGCGUUUUUUUCUAUUGGGGAACAAAAGUACCUCUAAGCUUCUUUUGGCUAUAUUCUACCAUGAACUUCAGAGCCCCCAUGUUUUCAUAGGGGAAAGUUUCAUUCCACCCAUUCUGGUUCAAUCGGCUUCCUCAUUGCUAGAUGAAUCUAUUGGUUCUAACUAUUUCAGCAUCUUGGAUAACCUCUUGUAUGUUGUCCUACAAGGACAGGAGCCCAUUGAAAUACGCUCAGGGGUCUCCAUUCAUUUGGCCCUCACUGUGAUGUUUUCAGUCCUAGAAAAAGGCUGGGAAAUCAUCAUCCUUGAAAAACUAACUGACUUCUUGCUGGUUAGCCAAGACCAAAUCAGACUUAUUCAUGAGAUGCCUGGCAAUGAAGCAACCCUAAAGGCCAUUGCUGAUAAUAAAGCAAAGAGAAAGCUCAAUUGCCCAACUGUGACUUGUGCCAGUCAUUACAAAUUUGGUCAACGUAGACCUCUCAUGAUGGAAAUGAGCUCAUAUACGGUCCCACCACCAACCACUAUGGAAACUAUCUCAAAAGUGAUAGUCAUUGAAAUUGGUGAUCCACCAACAAUAAGGAGCACUGGACUGAUUUCAUAUUUAUCAAGUAACAAAUUACAGAAUUUGACUCACCAGAUUAUCACUGCUCAACAGACUGGAGUACUAGAGAAUGUUCUGAAUAUGACUAUUGGGGCCUUACUGGUAACUCAGUCAAAGGGAGUCACUGGCUAUGGAAAUAUAAGCAGUUUUAAAACUGGGGACUUGAUAUAUAUUCGGCCCUACGUUCUCUCGGUCCUGGUCCAGCCUUCAGACGGAGAAGUGGGAAAAGAACUUAGAGUACAACCACGGCUCGUUUUCCUGGAUAAGCAGAAUCGAAGAAUAGAGUCCUUGGGGCCCCCCUCAGAGCCUUGGGCCAUUUCUGUUUCCCUGGAAGGGACAUCAGAUUCAGUGCUGAAAGGAUGUACUCAGGCAGAAAGUCAAGAUGGUUAUGUGAGCUUCUCCAACUUGGCAGUUUUGAUCUCUGGGUCAAAUUGGCACUUUCUUUUUACUGUCACUUACCCUCCAGGGGCCAAUUUUACAGCUCGGUCAAGGUCAUUCUCUGUCCGACCCGCAGCUAGGUCAGAGAAGUCAACCAUCAUCUUGGCUGCUUCCCUGUGCUCAGUGGCCUCAUGGCUGGCUCUAUGCUAUCUGGUGUGCUAUUGGCUAAAGAAGAGCAAAAGCAGAAAAAUAAAAAGUGAAGAUAUUUCUGAAUUCCAGACUGACAAUCAAAAGGAUCAUAUCCACCUCUCAUCCAAGCGCAAAAGAUCACAAGAGACUAAAAGGGAAGACGCCAUGAUGGGAGAAGAUAUGAAGAUGAAGGUCAUUGUGGACAAGCCAAACCAACUCCCCCACCAUUCCCUGAAUGGAGUGUCCCGAAGGAAGGUGGGCCGGCGCACUGCCCAAGAGGAGGGUGGCUGCCGAGAAGAGGCUGCUGCACCUGCUCCCAGUAUUACCAGUGUCACAUCCCAGGGACAUGCAUGUGUUCCAGGCUCUCCUGCUCAGCACGCAUACCUGCAAGAGACUGGGAACUGGAAGGAGGCCCAAGAGCAGUUGAUCAGAUACCAGCUGGCAGGCCAAGAUCAGAGGUUGCUGUUCUGUCCAGACCUCAGACAAGAGAGGCAGCAGAUGCAGGGGCAGAGCCAGUUGGGCCAGGAAAGAGGCCGUGUGGGGCUUGCUCAAGAGAAGAAAGCCUCUUGUGGUGCUACCUAGGCAUUCUAUCCUCAUUCCCUACACCUGGAAACUACUCAGGAACAGCUGUGAUGGACGCAUAAAUAUUGAUGUGCUCAUGGGCUUUGCUGAGACUUUCAUUAAGGACAAAGAUAUAAAAACAGUAAGUUUGGAGAAGGCAGUUGUCCAUGGACCAAAGUCACAUUUUUUUUUUAAUAGUUCUUCCUGUUAGUAGCUGGGUCAAAUUUACAACUAGAAGAAAACUAUUUGGGGAGACCAGAGAUAACCAAGUGCCCAAGCAGUUUAUGAGUGCACUCAUUUUUCAGAACAUUGAUUUUUGGAGAAGAUAAUGUGUACAGCUGCUCAAUGAAGGAGGGAAGAGGUUAUAUCAUGUGCAGCCUCUCCAGGCUGUGUGCUAGGGGUUCUAAUGAAGACCAGAGUGGAGGGUCAACUGGUAUCAAGUUAGGUAAGGAUACUAAAGGCAGUUUCACCUAAUUCAAACAUCUGCAGAAUGCUCAUCAGUGUUCAAAGUAGACACCUUAAGCAGCCUGGUUGUGCCCUUGGCUCUGGAUCCAAAAGGCCUUAUGCUCCAAGGGAGUAAAACAAAGAUGGCAGAGGUGAGGAGAGGAGAAUCUCCAGCAACAACUUGCUCUCAGCUUUUCCCAAAAUAUAAAUCAGGAUUUUCCAAUCUCUGAAAGAUUCAGAGGCUCUCCUAUGUUUGAAUUAGAACAGAGAAAGGAAACAAAUGCUUCUGUUGCAGAAUUUUAAAUAAUGAUGCUCUGGAACUAGUCCCAUAGUGGGUAGGGACUAGCAGGAAGUCAUCAUCUGCAAGGCAUCAAUGGGAAAGUGUGUCUUACCCUACUAUGAGUUUUCAGGAACAUUCUCAGCCCUUUAUCCAUUCUUUAGAUGUAUUAUAGACAUCUCAAACCUUAAACCUGCCUUGAAAGGAGGGAGGCAGCUUUCUCUGUGACACGGUAUUGGAUUCUGAGGGAGAUAACAAUUAGGUAUCAAGAUUGAUGUUGUCCAAGAAAUUUCAAUCCAGGCUGUGUUUAAGAAGGGCAUUGAUGAGCAAUCUGGCCUAUAGAAAUUACUCUGGAGGUACAAACUGGCUUCCUGCAGUCCUUUUUGUGUUUUGUUUGGGCACUAACAGUAUUUAAAAAUAUAAUAAAGAAAAAAAUAAUAACUUGGCUUGGGCAGAUUAUGCCUUCUCUAGUUUAAUUAAUCCCCCAUAACCUGUCCUUUAUCUAUUUUUUGUAGUUUCUGUGAAGUUAUUUGUAUUUACAAUCCAUAGUCCAUACAUUGAGCCAUCAGAGAUCUAUAAUCUUUUUGUACAAAGGCAUUUCAGAAGUUAAGGCUUUUGAGAAUUAUGAAAUGAUAGCAGUCUUAGCACUACUUCUGUGGGCUUGUCUACACAUUCUCCCUUUCACUCCGGUGACUUCUUUUACCACCACAAAUUCCAGCCCAGAUUUCUUUCCUGAGCUCUACACCAUAUAGUUAGCUGCCUACUGAGAACUUCCACUAGGUUAUCCCACAGCCACUAAGAAGUUAAUGCAGACUUAAAACCUGCUCCUCCUCAUGCUUGCCCUAACACAACACACAACAUCACUGCACUCUGAUUGGAAAUCUCAAGGUCAACCCAGACUCCCUGUUCUACCUUACUCUUCCCAGUCAUUUAACAUCUGUUAUAUCUACUCCUUCUUUACCCUUCUUCCAACUUUUACUAGCUUCUUACCAAUCUUCCAUGUGCCAAAAGAUGGAUCUUUCUGGGAGGCAAGUUUGAUCCUAUUCCUCUGUUUAGGAACAACCAUAAUUAAUCGAUUAAUUCUCCCUUCACAAUUCUUGGGAUCCCAGAAGCCAAAAUGGACUCUUUGGGCCUUAACAGCAGUAACUUACAGGGCUCUAGCAUGUGGCACGGAAUUUCAGAGUCUAGUCAGAAUCCUCUAACCUAUAAUUAAGCCUGUCCUCUUUUUCUCCUCAGAAAAUGGGAGAACUGGGUAAAUACUGGAAGCCAAGACAGUAGCUCUUGGUUCAUUUAUGUCUGGAGAUGAGCUUGUUAGAUAAAGUACCACUAUCAGCCAACUGUAAACUUAUUCAGACCAUUAACACAGAUGGCCCAGAAAAUAUUUCCCAGCAGUGACAGGCUUUAUUCUUUUUUGAAAUAAAUAAUUGAAAAGUGUCAUGUU